GUUCGUGCUUGAAGCAUUUCCUGUUAUUUCCAUAUGCAAUACCACUACCUUACCACCUCAACCCAUCGGAUAUCCAAUUAAUAUCGGGGCCUAUAUUGUUACUAGGCCCCUGUGCUAUUAAUAGCGGCACUAUCUGCCGCGCCAAGGCGGCGUUGUUGCUUCAGCUCCCCCAUACAGGAUCGGGGUAAGCGCGCCCUUCCACCACCAACGACCGCCACGACCGCCACGACCGUCACGAUACAAGAUCCCAAAUCCUCCUCAAAGGGCUCUGGACAGCGUCGACUCUAUAUCGAUUUAGCCGGCAAACUGACCCUGUGGCUAGUUAAAUCUAGGUUUCACGUCGCCGCCCGUGUGAGAUUGCGACUUCAGCUGUCCGUUAUCGAACCUUUGCGACCCCCACAACUCCCACCUCAGUAAUCUCGGCUCUAUCGUGCUAGAUAGUAUCGCCUUGGGCGCAACAGUGAGGAGGCCGGCAAUAAUAUAUUCUUACACGACAAGCCUGCCCCGACGCUCGAGUCUCCCGUGCUGCGAAAUUACGGGGUUAUCUGACUUUGUGGGCAUUUACCCCCCCCCCCGGCCUAUGCGACCAUUUCCACCAUCUCGACACACGACAGUACGACGGCAGAGAGGAACAACAAACAUUAAGAGGCAAACUUAUACACUGCAUACAUACUAUAAACGCAAUUAGCGCCGGGAGUUGUUCUGGGUGCGCUUUUUUGCUGUUCGCCUCAGCGUCCCUGUACAGCCUCGAGGCUGAGGUGCCGCCCGCUUGAACGAUACACGCCGCUGCGACGUCAGAUACAGUGACAGCAGCAUAAAUACAUUUAGCAUCAUGGAUCACCAAGGGAAUUCCCCGACUGGGGAGAACCCAAACCAUUUAAAGCAGGAGCAGUCGCCGCAGCCAAGUAGCUAUCAAGACGAUAUCAACCCCGCCAACCUCGGGCUCGCUAUCAACAACGGCAAUCUUCAAGAACAAUAUUCCAGUGGACAAUUUUUGCAAGGCCAGACUUUUCCAGUAUUUGAGACGAACGUCGAACAGAACCAGCAGUUCUCGCAGGGAAAUAUUGUAGAAGCUCUUUACGCGUUGAGCCAAAACCAGAUCGCCCAGCCAGAGUUCCAGCAACAGUUCGACGGCAACCAGCAGUUCCAGAACCAGCAAUUCAACUACGACGAUAGCUUCCUCGGAGUAAACAACUAUAACGGCGGAGACUUCUCACUAUAUCCGAAUCCUCCGACCCAGAACGAUAUCUACGAUCCCUCUUUAUACAUUAACGACUCGCCUCCACAAUCUGUCAACCCGGCGGAUCUAAUUGGUGAUAUAUCGUCACCCCCACAACACACACCAACACCACCCCAAAUGCUCACAGCAGAGCUUCCGCAGACGUCGUCUGCUCAGCAGCACCAAUUCCCACUGUCACCUGGGCACUCGAGAACCGCCUCGUUGCAGCCAGAGAGCGCCCAGUUCCCGAAUGCCCAGCUCCCGACAGACUGGGGCAUGAUCCCACAGCAAUUCAAGACUCAUCGGAAGACCCCCUCGGAAUACUCUGAUGUCUCUGCAUCUUCCCUAGCGCCAUCGCCGAAUUUGGGACUGCAUGAUAGCUUUGACACAUCGGACCAGCGCCAUUCUCCGCUGGUGCACCCGCAGGAUCAAGGUAUCUACCAGGACCUGGGAGCGAUGGGGAAGUUCUCGCUAUCAGAUCAUCAUCAUGGGAACAGCCCUUUGAAUAUCAGGAGCCCGGCUCAUUCACCCCAGCCAUCACCACGACUCGAUCCGCAGCAGAUAGGCCAAAUGAACCAGCAGAGCCCGUUUAUGCUGAGUAUGAAUAUGCCGAAUAACGGAUACAUCCAACAGCCUACCCUGGACAUGUAUGGCCAGCAGCAUUUCAAGCAGGAUAAUUUUGCCGAGAUGGGCCAGGAACAGCAGGGUCAGGGACAACAGAUGCCGCCGCCUGAUAUUAAUAUCGAGUUUGCGCCGGCCUCGAGGCAAAACAGCUUCCCGGUGAAAGCACCGUUAGAUCAAGAUGCCCUGACUCCACCACAACGAGGACGACGACCCAGAGCUAGCUCCGAUAUUACUGGUAAUGGACCCUCGCAGUUUUCCCGCCCAGGAACUCCGAGCAACCUCGGCCCCGGUUCAGAUCGUGGAUCAUCUCCACCAGGUCGAUCCUUGUCUCCUCUGGAUAGGGCCGGUGCGUCCACCCCGGGCCACCGACGCCGGCAGUCAACAUCCGCGAUUCCAAACCAGCGCGAUUAUAUCCUCGGCCUCGCAGACCCCGAGUAUCAAGCAGUGUCUGGCAGUGCGGAAAACGGCAACCCGAAGCGCGUUCAGAAACACCCUGCCACUUUCCAGUGUACACUCUGCCCCAAGCGAUUCACCCGUGCCUACAACCUGCGCUCCCAUCUCAGAACACACACGGAUGAGAGGCCCUUCGUCUGUACCGUAUGCAGCAAGGCCUUCGCGCGGCAACACGACCGGAAACGGCACGAAGGCCUGCACUCAGGCGAGAAGAAGUUCGUCUGCAAGGGCGAGCUGAAGCAAGGCGGACAAUGGGGUUGUGGUAGGCGCUUCGCUCGCGCCGAUGCCCUCGGUCGCCAUUUCCGCUCCGAGGCGGGCAGAAUUUGCAUCAAGCCGCUGCUGGAUGAAGAGCACACCGAGCGGCAGCGGCUGUGGCAUGAGCAGCAUAUGGCGCAGAAUAUCCAGCAGCCGCCGCCACAGACUAUGGAUGCAAACGGCUUCCCCAUGGAUGCCAGCGGGAACUACACACUCCCCGCCGCGCUGCUGGCGCAGUACCCCGCGCUGGCAGGACUGAGCUGGGCAGACUUACCUCAGGGUGACGCUAUGGAGGAUGAUGUGAGUGGGAGGAGCAGCUUCGAUGCUAGUGGGAGCGAGUACUACGACGAAGGGGACGAGACGGGGUAUGUGAGUGGUCCUGGGACGGGGUUCACGCAGGGCCAGAUGCCGGAUGGGUAUCGUGUUGAUUAUGCGAGUGAUUAUGGCGGGAGGUGA